GUCUCACAGCCACUGCUAUUUCGACAGUCUUAGCCUGGUCGAUGUGACGAGUACAACACAAACGCUUUGAGGUACGGUACGCGUGCGCACGUUGUCGUCGGACGGUUAAAAAGUUUUAGUACUACGGUUUUAUUGGUUUGCUAACAGAGUGUGUGCUGUGCGCGUAUGUACAUAUGUAGUAGUGUAUACGUGUGCUCGAAUGUGGCUCCAAGUCGGAGACGGUGCACGGAACGAGUAUAUACAGCGUUGCAAAGGAAGUCGCAUAGACAACGCAACGAAACAGAGAAGUGAUAAUUUUAAUUUAAAAAAGAUAAUCAAUAGAAAUAUAUUUAGUCAAGAAAAUUGAAUAGAAUACAUAUUGUAUUAAACAAAGCGUGAUACGAGGUAAAUUAUUGCAAAGCGAUACCUAUAACUACCUACGUUUAACCACCUCUAACAAGGAACUGAAAAUAAAAUCGAAAAAAUAUAUUGCACGCAACAGCUGAAACAACAAUUAAAUAUGUGCAACAAUAAAAUAAAAUAAAAAAUUCAACAGCAACAAAAUUAAUUUAUAUUUGGCCAAAUUUUAAUUAGAUUACAUAAAAAUCAACACGUCCGAUUAGUAAAAGGAGCGGUCAUAAAGCAGUGAACAAGCAUAAAAUUGGCAGCGCAAUAAAAACAAUACAAAAAUAGCAGAGACGGACAACAAUUUACGAGCUGGAUCUUUCUAGAUAUUUGGCAAAUUCAACGACAAAUGAGCUCUAUGAAUAAAUGUGCUUAUAAAUCGGCAUAAAUUUAAUACUUAAUUUGGAAAAAAUUACUUUUUAUACAUCAGGAAAAAUUAGCAAAAUGAAGGAAUUCACACAAUUUGUCUAUGCGGCGCUGCAUAUAAUCACAAUCGCCACAUUGGUCACACAUGGUGCACAAAUACCAACUGCAACGAAAGAAGCCCUAGCCGAAUUGGAUGCCGCCGAAACGUCCGAUUCCUCCAGCACAACGAAACCAAACAUUGAACCCACUGUACGGAUAAAGUGUUUGAGCGGUUCGAUGUUGAUAACAAUCAAAGAUGCGCCGCUAAACCAUGAGACUGGCCUAUUUAGUGGCAUGAUUUAUCCAAAGGGACUGUCGAAAAAUUCGACAUGCCUCACUGAGUAUAGGGAUCAUGAAGGUCCAUUGAGAUAUAAGCUGCCGCUUCGCAGUUGUAAUACAAUGCCACAGGAAACGGACGACGGCGGCAUUGAAUUCUUCAACACCAUUGUCCUGCAGCCACAUCUGAAACUCAUUACCGAUGCGGGUCGUGGCUAUCAUGUGCGUUGUUCGUACAAGAGCCGUGAUGCGGCGACCAGUUCGCCAAAUAAGAAGCAUACACAACGCCGCAAAGCUAACAGUGGCAAGCAUGCGCAAAAACCACAAGCAUAUCGUAGCGCUGAAACGGUGGCGGCGGCCGCUGCAGUGGGGGCGAGUGGUGAUCGCCGCGAUUAUGGACGCUCAUUGGAUAAAUAUCGUGCCACUGGCGAUGAAUUCGAUCAGGAAGAUGUACUCGACGACGGCGGCAGCGAUUAUACUUUGGACGAGGGCAAUGAUGAGAGCUUGAAUGAGAUACCAAUGCCCGGCUGCCAUAUGAAAAUUUACAAUUCAGAGCUUAAAAUUGCUGACGAUGUGAAAAUUGGCGAUCCGCUGACGAUUGUCAUCAGUAUUGACAAACAGGAGCUAUACGGACUGCAUGUGACCGAUUGCAUUGUGCGUGACGGUUUGGGUUGGGGCGAGCAACGGCUGUUGAGCGAAGAUGGUUGUCCUAUGGAUAACGAGAUUAUGGGCCAAUUCAACUAUAGCAACGAUCAUUUGGCGGCUAAUGUUACCUUCCCGGCACACAAGUUCCCCUACACCACAUCCGUUUACUAUCAGUGCAAUGUGCAUUUGUGCGCUUUGCAGGAUCCCGAGUGCCAAUUGCCUCCUGCGUGCAGCGGCAAACGACCCAAACGACAAACUAACAACGAUAAUAAAGACGAAGACGGCCAACCGGCCACCAUCGAAGUCUACUCCGGUCUGUAUGUGAACGAAAAUGUUGAUGUGUCCGAGAGCGAUGAUGAUACAGUGCUCAAGGAGCGUACACUCGAGGAUGCGUUAUGCGUUUCGCAGCGCACCUUUGCCAUUGCCAUAGCAAUUGCCGGUCUCAUAUUGAUGUUGGCCGUCGUUGCCGCCGUAUUAUGCAUUAUGGCCCGAAGGAGCACGAAGAGUGUGUCGAAUUCGGGCAGCUCCAUAUACAGUGGUCCCUACACGAAUACAGCGUUCUCGCAUAGCAGCUAAAUGGAAUGAACACACACACACACAAACACACAAUACAACAAAGAUGUGAACACAAAGUGAAGAUACACAUUCUCGAUUGAAAAGAUACUUCUUUUAUAUUUUUCUUUUUUUUGCGGACUUUAAUUUUAUUUUAAUUUUGGUUUCACACACACACAUACACAUGAACACUCAAAGUGUUUUAAAGCAAAAGAAAAAAUAAAUAAAAAUGAUUUAGGCGGAAUUUUGAGAAAUUUCUUGUACACUGCCGCUGCAAAUAAGCGCAGUUUGUAGUAGUCAUUGUGUUUAGUUGUUAAGGUCACAAAUAUCGAUGAGCAACAAAUAAGUGAAAAUAAUUAAAAGCAAUAGUUUUUUGUAUAAAAUAUGUUAAGGGCAGAGCAUCACCCAGAAAAAAAGAAGCAAUAGCCCAAGAAGCUACAUCUAGCCUCUCCUACGCAAUUUCGCUACUCGCAUCUGCUGCUUUUUUUUUGCUCUGACCCAAACUUGAGCUGCCCAUAAAUAUGCAAUUAAUUAAAUAAUUAAAAUAAUUAAUGUAUCAACUUUAAGUUUAUAAGUAAGCCACGACACACGCUUCCUUUAGAGAGUCUUUAUACCCUAUACCAUAUACACUCACGCACACAUACAUACAUACUUACAGUCAGUAUAUGUAGAUAGCGCAGAUAUUAUUGGGCAAUAAUGAAAUAAAAACCAAAACAAAAACCAGAUGUGAAUUAAUAAAAAAUAAUAAUUUUAAAAUAGUAUGAAAAAUAUUUGCCCUCUAAUAUCGCAAAGGUGCAACGCCUAAAAGUAUGCCACUUGUCAUAGCGCAUGCUUGCAGGCAACUCCUUUGUUCAGCUAAUACUCGUACUAAGUAGUUGAAGAAAUUUAAUCGUAAAAUUUGAGAAUAUUUUUGGUGGUGGUCAAUUUGCAACAUUUAAGUGUGUAAGUUUAAACGCUUGGUUGGCGCGCUGCAACAAAACAGAAAAGUGGGGCAAAGCCCUAGAAAUACUAUAAUUUAUUCUU